AUGGCAGUCGUUGCGCCUCGCCCCGAAACAAAUCAGAUCCUCACCCACGCGCCCCUAGCGACCUCCUUCUCCUUCACCCCAUUCCUCCGCCAGACCUACCGCCACGAGCUCUCCUCCGACCGGCCGCAAUGCAAGCCCUUCCUAGCGGGUCACUGCCCCCUCGGCGCCGCAUGCCCGGACCGUCACACCUCUUCGCUCUCGUCGAACCCCUCCGGCGGACCCUCGCUGGUCUGCAAGCAUUGGCUCCGCGGUCUCUGCAAGAAGGGCGAGAGCUGCGAGUUCUUACACGAGUACAACCUACGUAAGAUGCCCGAGUGCAACUUCUUCAUGCGCAACGGCUACUGCUCCAACGGCGAGGAGUGUUUGUAUCUACACAUCGACCCGCAGUCUAAACUGCCUCCCUGUCCGCAUUACGACAAGGGAUUCUGCCCGCUGGGACCGCGAUGCAGUAAGAAGCACGUUCGGAGGAAGCUUUGCGUUUACUACCUGGUGGGAUUCUGUCCUGAGGGCCCUACCUGCAAAUAUGGUGCGCACGCGCGGUGGAGAACGGAUUUGGAGAAGCCAAGUGCCAAGGUCGAGGGUGAGGAUGAGGCGAAGAAGGAGGGCGACAGAGAAGAGGGCGAGAUGAUGCAACACCAGCGCGACAGGAUGAGGGAUGCGCAUGACGAUAGGGGACACGGAGGCAGGCACGGUGGUCGCGGAGGCAAGUGGCGCGAUCGCGGGAAUAGGAGAUUCCGCGGGCGCGGCCACUAG